AUGGACCCAACGCCUCCUACAGUCCAGGACAUCUUCCGCUAUCGCUACCAGCAUGGAACGAAUCUCGGGGCCACCUUUGUCCUGGAAAGAUGGCUUCGUGGCAGUAUGUACAGCCAUGGCACUGUCGGAUCCAGUGAGUUGGCAGCUGUAAAGCGAUCCAUACAAGUCUCAGGACUCGAUCAAACCAGAAUUAAAUGGGAAACCCAUUGGCUCACGGCUCUCAAUGAGGAUGAUUUCCGCUGGCUCAGAGACGUCGCGCGGUGCAAUUCGAUUCGCUUGCCCAUAGGAUUCUUCACGCUUGGUCCCAUAUUCUGCGUGGGAACUGUGUUUGAAGGCGAACCCGCUCAGGUAUAUGUCAACGCCUGGAAUGCAGUAAAGAAUCUCAUCGAAGACUGCGGCCGCCACGGUAUUGGGGUCUUGAUCGAUCUUCAUGCCGCCCCGGGGGGCGCGAAUCGCGACAGCCAUAGUGGGACGGAUUCAGGAAAGGCUGAGUUAUGGGAAUCGAAGCAUAAUAGAGCCUUGGCUAGGGGCUGCAUCACCUAUAUUGUCCGAGAAGUGACCUAUCAUGGCAUGGCUAAUGUAAUUGGCGUUGAGGUCUGCAAUGAGGCCAUCUGGAAUGCACCAGGGAUGUACGAAUGGUACGACGAGAUCCUCGAAGCCACCGGUGCUUUAGACGCGACUCUGCCCAUCUACAUCAGCGACGGCUGGAACCUUUCUUGCGCAGUGCAGUAUGCAAUGUCUAAGAACACAAUCACUUCAGCAAAUCCCCUUUUGAACAACCCUAUGAUCGUGGAUACUCACAAGUACUACACCUUCACAGAAAAGGACAGGUCCAUGAGCCCCCAAGCCAUCAUCGAACGGGUGAAGGGUGUCCUCUCCGAACUCCCCCGGGGCAGCGUCUUCGACCGGAAAGGCGCCGUAGCAGUCUACAUCGGCGAAUACAGCUGUACCAUGGACGGUCAGACCUGGAGCCACGUUGACCCUUCGCAACGACCUCAAUUAACCCAAGUCUUUGGCCAAACACAGACUAUGAAAUGGGUAUCAAAAACAUCUGGUUCAGCAUUCUGGACUCUGAAAAUGGACUGGAUGGAUGGCGGUGAUUGGGGAUUUAAAAAGCAGGUCAAUACGGGGGCGAUUCCGGCCCCUUCUUGGUUGACGAUUCCACUGUCAGAAAUCGAGGGCAAGGUUGAGGAAGCGGAGACCCAGAGAAACCAGCUCUGCGACAAGGCUUUCUCGGAUCAUGUCAGAUAUUGGGAUUCGAAGACCAAAAAUUCUUCAUGGGAUCAUUCCCGAUUCGCUCGCGGUUGGGAACUUGGAUUUGCUGACGCCAAGUGUUUCUUCUGUGCUGGUACUCAUGGUAUUAUCUCUGGUCACGGUGAUAUUGGGGGGGAUAGAAUUGGGGCUAUCGAUCUCUGGGUCAGAAAGCGUAUUGUCGAGACAGGCCAAGUCAAGGAAGGUCUGGGUUGGGAAUGGGAGCAUGGCUUUAGGAAAGGGAUGGCCGAUUUCUAUGCUCUUUUUGACGUAUGA